AUGGAACCGGAUACGGGUACGCCAGAUUCUGUAAGACAUGAAUCCAUUCCAACCACGCCUAUAAAACAAACACACACAAAAACAGAAGUUUAUGAACGUGAAAUAAUCAUUGGUAAUAAAUAUUAUGUAAGAUUAUCCGAUCAUAUGGAUACCAAAGGGGAAAUUAAAUAUCGUAUUGGAGAGAUUUUAGCAAAUCGAACCAAUUAUGAUAGAAAUCAAGAAUAUUACAUUCAUUUUCUCGAUUUUAAUAAAAGACUUGAUGAAUGGGUAUCAGAAGAUCGUAUUGAUAUCAAAAGAGACGUGAUUGUUGAAAGACCAAAAUUGUCGACACCAAAGAAAACCUUGACAACGAAUUUAUCUUUAGACGUUAGUAAAGUUCCAACAACACCAUUGACUACUACUUCAGCAUAUGAUUACUCAACUCCACCACCGGCAACGAUAACGGAAUAUGAUUCACCUGGAAGUAUCACGAGUAUCACACCAUCAUUCAUAAAUGAGAAUUCAAAAGGAGAAGCGGUCGGAGCGAUGAGUUGCGGACAAAAUAAGAGAAGGGUUAAAAAUUUACAAGAAAUUCAUUUUGGAGAAUAUCAUAUCGAGACUUGGUAUUUUUCACCGUAUCCGGAAGAAUUUAAUGAUUCACCUAUAAUUUAUAUUUGUGAAUUUUGUUUAAGUUAUUUCAUAAGUGAAUUUCAAUUACGUCGUCAUAUUAAAAAGUGUAAUAUAAUGCAUCCACCGGGAAAUGAAAUUUAUAGAGAUGAAGAAAUUUCAUUUUUUGAAAUUGAUGGGGCUCGACAACAAACUUAUUGUCAAAAUUUAUGUUUAUUGUCAAAAUUAUUUUUGGAUCAUAAAAGUCUCUCUUAUGAUCUAUUACCUUUCCUUUUUUAUAUCAUGUGUAAACAAGAUCAAUAUGGGUAUCAUAUCGUUGGAUAUUUUUCAAAGGAAAAAAAUUACACGUUAAAUAAUUUGGCAUGUAUCUUAACACUUCCGCCUUAUCAACGUAAAGGUUACGGUAGAUUAUUGAUCUCUUUUUCAUAUGAAUUAUCAAAAAUCGAGGGUAGAAUUGGAUCUCCCGAAAGGCCCUUAUCAGAUUUGGGAUUGUUGUCUUAUCAACAAUAUUGGUAUGAAACCAUUCUAGAAGUUUUAUGGGACACAAAAGAAAUUGGAGAGGAUUUUAUUACCAUAGAUGAGAUUACUGCUAAAACGAGCAUAACUCAAUCCGAUAUACUUUUCACUUUAUACGAAUCUGGUAUUUGUGUUUAUCAAGGACAAGUUUGUAUUAGAUUAACUGAGGCCAUGUUAGAUACAAGUUUAAAUUCCUUAUCUAGAAAACGGAGGAUCAAUAUAGAAAAUUUAAAAUGGUCUCCUCCGCAUUUUACUGCCAAUCAACUUAGAUAUAAAAAUUAA